GAUAUACAAAACUUGGGAUGUUUCUGUUGAUAGUUUUAUAACACCUCCAGAGAGCUUCAAUUUUGACGAGAAAUUAAGAUUUACAUUGGCGAAUAAAGGUUUUAUACGGUACAUAGCCCCGGGGGUGAAUUUACCCCGUCGUUAUUGUGCAGGAGAGAAAUAUAUAGACAACUGUACCCAUGAUUUCCACCCGGCUUAUACUACGUGUAUUAAUGGACCCGUUGAGACUGUGAGUGGUACUAACCGCCUGUACUAUAAGAAUGUCGCUUGCGCCUUCUGUAAUGGGGCAAGCGGUCUUCGCAAGGAGAGAUCAAACUGGGCAUGCGCAGGACCAGGCUUCUCCGAAGGACUCUCUAUAGUUUUCAGCACUGGAAGUAAAGAACCAUCGACUAUAACAAAAGUCAUUGAAAACUCUUGUCCCCAGGGCCUGGUCUACGACACGACCUUUGCCUACUGCCGCGAAGGACUGGUAACUACUGCAGAUGGCCUCUUAUCGGAUGCAUUUCUGAUUUUGUUAUGGUUCAAGCAGGGGUCGAUUCAGAUUCCCCUAUUUCCAAUUCGAGGGCGUUUGGGGGAAAUACCAAAUAUUGCCAACAUUACUGAGCACUUGAAAUCAGGCUUGGUGCGAAAAUUUGUCCUCAGACAAGACCAGAUACAGGAGGUUAAAUUUCAUCGGCAAAAUUCUAGGAGCACAUUUCUAGCAGCGUCUUUUCGGCUAAUCUUAACACCUCUUCAAGCAUUAGUGUUGGCCAAUCAAAACAAUACUUUGAAUGCUUCGACCGAGUCCCAAAAAUUUCUCGGACUUUUGAAAUUUACAACGAACUUUACAAUAAAUUCUGAAAGAUUUCGCUUCUCCGUGAUCAAACUGGUCUCGCGUCAACUCGCGUGUUUCGAGGGGAUAAUUCUCGAACCACACGAAUACGAAAUCGAUAAAAUCUCCGGGAAUGUAUUUCAGAACAACACCGGGUUGACAUUUUCACGAAACGCGUACGAAGUUCUAGGAAAUAUUGGUGAGAAUAUUACAAUUUGUAGAAAAUUGGUGCUUAGCGGUUGCGAAAAUGGCGCUUAUGUAACGUUAAAUAAUUCAGAAUAUUUCAUGUACAAAAAUUUAUCGAUAUUUCAUCAUGGAACGAAUAGGACUUAUAAUUUUGGGGAGUAUCAUAUUAACGAAGAACGUCCUUCACAUCCGACCAGUUUUCAAGAAUUUCAGAAUACGUCGUUUCCAAAAAAUUCCAGAAUUUCUGUUUGUCUGCCAUUUCGGAGAACUUUUAACACGACUGAGAAAGUUUCGAUCAAAUCUGAAACGAAUUUCGCGUUGAGAGUUUUAACUGUGGUCGGUUUAAGUAUUUCUGGAUUGUUUUUGAUCAUUUUAUUGGUAACCUACGGGAUCUUUGAGGAUUUAAGAACACUUCCAGGGUUGAAUCUUAUGAGUUUAAGCAUCUCCAUGUUGUCAUCUCAUCUGAUAUGGUUGAUUGGCACGGCCCAUUUCAAAGGAACAACAGUGUGCGAAGUGUUGACCGUAAUUGAACAUUAUUUAUUUCUGGUUACAUUCAUGAGCAUGUCAAUAAUCUCCUAUCAUUCCUGUGUCGUUUUUUCCCAAAUAUUCAGCAGAAUUUCGGGCAACCGUUUGAAACAAUUUGCAAAAUAUUCAACCAUAGUUUGGAUAACUCCUGGAGUAUUCGUUGCAGUUUGCGUUACCCUGGACAGAACUGAAACAGCUUUCGAUAUUUAUGGUAAUACAUGUUGGUUAUCAACCGAUAAGGCAGUGUUAUAUCUAUUCUUAUUACCCGCAGCAGUGCUAUUGGUGGGUAAUAUUUACACGUUCAUCAAGACAGCACUAGCAAUAUCUCGUUUUGACAAAGACACAAGGAUUUUACGAAAGGACAGAAAGAAAAAUCUAGCAGUUUGUGCAAAACUUGCAACUUUAGUUGGCUUCCCCUGGAUCUUCGCUUUUUUUGGUGUUAUUUUUCCCAAAGUGGAGGUUUUUGAAUACUUAUUUGUCAUUUUUACCUCUCUGCAAGGAACGUAUAUCGGAAUGGCGUUUGUAUGCAAUAAAAAGACACUUCAGCUUUAUAGAAAAUGGUGGAAAAGCUCAAAUAUGGUCGAAAUUGGAUCAGAUCCAAGGAAUCAAACGUUUCAAAUGUCCUAAAGAACGCCUGUUCACAGGUCUCGCGUUUUCGCACUGACCUCUAUACGACAGCUGGAUGUGUGACAAUGUUGAAUCAUGAUCAUAUAUACAAAUUAUACACUGAACUAUAUGAGUGAGGUGAAUGGAUAAUUUUAGGAUCAAUGGUUGAUAUAUACCAUUGAAAUAUACAUAUAAAUCAGUUUAGUCACUGACUUAGAUAUAAUUGAACUGCAUUCUAAAUUAUGCAUCUCAAUAGAAGUUAAUGGACUGUC